CUGAACGUAUCGGUCGAUGAGUCGCUGCAAAUCAAUUUAACGGCCGACGCCCGGGUCAGUCCCUACAGAACCUGUCGCCAUGUGUUCAGGGAUUUAAAGAGGUUGUGGAGAUUUGGCACGAAAGUUGAGCUCAACUUUGAGUGCGACGCCAACUCUGUGGGCGAUGCCGUGAAGGACGAGAAGAGUCCGACAAAUGAGAUCAUAAUCGAGACCCAGAGCUCCAAAGAGAUCGCUUAUAAGCUAAUAAUGGUGCUCUUGGCUCAGGGAUACGAUAUCGGCGAUGAUAGGCAAGCAGUUUGUGGCGAACCGGAGGAACAUUACGGACUCGAUAUGCGGAUCCUGUGGCCAAAUAUAAACUAUUCAAUUCAGUGUUCAGGGGACUGGGAGUACGUGUCCUACACUAAUCCAGAUUUACCAGACACAACCAUCCAUAAGAGGCAAUGUGUUUAUGACAUGCGAUGGAACGGCACAUACCCUUCAUGUGUACCCAAAACGGUUUGUCCCAUACCUGAAGAGGAGGACAACCAAAUUAAUCCUGAAUUCAAAACCGUUCGCUUCAAUGAUGUCUUUUACUUCAAUCAAACCAAAUGGUAUGCCAUCGAUGGCACGACCGUUGAGUACCAGUGCAAUAGUGCCCUAACUCAAGUCCUGUUAGGCGAUGCCAUACAUGUGUGCAAAAAUGGUCAUUGGGUGGGCACUGAACCCAAUUGCUUCGAUUUGUCUGAAUUGAAAGUCAGAAAAGUGAAGAAUAGGGCUUCAGAUGAGUCUUCAAACGGAUUAUUCAAUAAUAAAAAGUCUAAGAAAGACACCAAAUAUAUGACCAGAGAUUAUAGAGUACAUUUGCCGCUACCCUUAUUACCCGAGAAUGGUGGGGUUCCAGUGCACCCACCCCCACCCCACUUUGUAUCUCCAGUAGUGAAUACUGAACACAAUCAUGAGAACCACCACUACCCGAUCCACGACCCCAUGUUGACAAUGGCUUCCGACCCAAUGAUGCAAUCGGGACCUCCAAUGCCACUAAUCAUUAGAAAUCCAUCACAUAAUGAAAUACCGCUGCCAUUGACUGAUGGUUUAACAGCAGAAUCGGAGGUCUUUCCUAUCGAAAUGAUUCCGGUGUUCAUGAAAGAUGAUUCCCUCGGAUCCAUUGGCAACGGGUAA